AUGGCAACGGACAAGUUGAAGAUCACAUUGGCGACUUACAAUUUUGUUGGUGAUGUUGAGAUAUGGUGGAAUACCAUUUCCCACACCCACAAUUUAGACACAAUGACCUAUGCUAAAUUCAAAAAGCUGUAUUACGAGAAGUAUUUUUCGGCACCUAAGCGGAGAGAGCUAAAGAAGGAGUUCGAUUGGUUGAAGCAAGGAAACAUGACAGUUACAAAGUACGAGAACAAGUUUAUGUCGCUUUUGAGGCCAAUUGUAGCUGCUUCAGAACUGACAGGGUAUGCAAAAGCAGUGCAAAAAGCCUUAGUGGUUGAUGCUGAGAGCAAAGAUAGCAAGGCUAUCAGGGAGUCCUACAAGUACAACAGGGGUAUGAGUGCUUUCUCUAAGGGACAAUCAAGUAAAAAGCAAAAACAUGAGCAGUCAGGGUUCAGGGGACAGCAGUCUGCCAGAUCCAUACCCACAGUUUCAGUGUCCAUUGAGUCUUCUAGACCGAAUGUUACUUGUUUCAGAUAUGGGCACCUGGGACAUUACAAGUCCCAAUGCACUCAGGCUCAGGCUCAUGUAUUGUUUGAUUCUGGUGCUUCCUAUUCAUUUAUUGCUUCAUCAUUUGCAAGGGUAUUGGGGUUGGAGGUCAGUCAGGUAGACAGACCACUUUGUGUUGACACGCCUCUUCGUAGAGUUUGUCGGGGUUCCAUUACCAAUGUUGGACGGGUACUGGAGUUCAAUCUCAUCCUUCUCAAGAUGACAGGAUUUGACGUCAUUCUUGGGAUGGAUUGGUUAUUGUCCUUUAGAGUUGUUAUUAAUUGCUUUAGGGGUAGAGUUUCAAUGUGUACCCCAGAUGGGGAUUGCUUCUGUUUUGUAAGGGAUCGGUGUGAUUCUCUCACUCUUUCAUUUUAUAAUGUUAGAGGCCCAAAUCGACAAGGGUUCUUCUUGGCUAACCUUUUUGCCGAUGAAGAUAUAGAGUUUUGUGGGGUUAAUUAUCCUGUGGUUGUACGAGACUUUCUAGAUGUGUUUCCUGAAGACUUGACUGAGUUGCCUCCACACCGAGAGAUGGAGGUUUAUAGUUCAGGGGUUCAUUGGUUAUUCCCACAGUUUGUCAUUAGAACGUUUUACGAGAAUUUCACACUUCUCGGUUUGCAGUUCAUCCAGUGGAAAUGGGAGGAGAUUGCAAUGGAUUUUGUGACGGGUCUUCCUAGGUCACGGAGGGAAAAUGAAACUAUAUGGGUCAUUAUUGAUAGAUUGACCAAGAACAUUCACUUCUUACCUAUUAAAGUAACAGAUGACGCAGAGGCACUUGGUGUACUUUAUGUAAAAGAGAUUGUAAGAUUGCAUGAAGUUCCAGUGGCUAUUGUUUCAAAUAGGGAUGCCAAGUUCACCUCGAAGUUCUGGGAAAGACUUUAA